CGAGCAGUGAACGGAGCCUGUUUCUUUUUUUUUAUUUCUUUUUUUUUUAGCGAUGAACAAACACAAUUUAAAAACUUCUCAGACAAACUAAGCGUCUUUAUGUUUAAAUGGAGCAGAAAAAAUAUUUAUCAUCGCUUUACUGCGUCUGGAUCCUUAUCACCUACGCUCUCUCUGAGGACUGGACUCGUCUCCACACCGAGGAUGAUCUCUUCAGGAGUCUGUUCGGAGGUUACAGCAAGUGGACCCGUCCCGCUCGCAACGUCACCGACGUGGUCAUCGUCAAGUUCGGCCUCUCCAUCGCUCAGCUCAUAGACGUGGAUGAAAAAAAUCAGAUGAUGACGACCAACGUUUGGCUGAAACAGGAGUGGACGGACUACAAGCUGCAGUGGACGCCGUCAGACUUCGAUAACGUGACGUCCAUCAGAGUUCCCUCAGAGCUCAUCUGGGUGCCGGACAUCGUGCUCUACAACAAUGCAGAUGGCGAGUUCGCUGUCACCCACAUGACCAAAGCGCACCUCUUCCACACGGGUCGAGUCCGCUGGGUUCCCCCGGCCAUCUACAAGUCCUCGUGCUCCAUCGACGUCACCUUCUUCCCUUUCGACCAGCAGAGCUGCAAGAUGAAGUUUGGCUCGUGGACGUACGACCGCGCCAAGAUCGACUUGGAGCCCUUCGAGAACACGGUGGACCUGAAGAACUACUGGGAGAGCGGCGAGUGGGCGAUCGUCAACGCCGUAGGCACCUACAACAUCAAGAAAUACGACUGCUGCCGCGAGAUCUACCCCGACAUCACCUACUACUUUGUCAUCCGCCGCCUGCCGCUCUUCUACACCAUCAACCUCAUCAUCCCCUGCCUCCUCAUCUCCUGCCUCACAGUCCUCGUCUUCUACCUGCCGUCCGACUGCGGCGAGAAAAUCACGCUGUGCAUCUCCGUGCUGCUGUCGCUCACCGUCUUCCUGCUCCUCAUCACCGAGAUCAUCCCGUCCACGUCGCUGGUCAUCCCGCUCAUCGGCGAGUAUCUGCUCUUCACCAUGAUCUUCGUCACGCUGUCCAUCGUCAUCACCGUGUUCGUGCUGAACGUGCACCACCGCUCGUCGGCGACUCACAGGAUGCCGCGGUGGGUUCGGAGGUUGUUCCUGACGGCGGUGCCUCGUUGGUUGUGCAUGAAGCGUCCGGUCCACAGGCGGCGUCACCUCGCUGAUAAGCUCCUCCCUCUCCGGACUCCAGGCCACUCCCACUUCACCUCCACGUGGAUCACUCAGGAGUCAGACAUAGAUCUCCAUGGUUACGAGAACGACAACCUUCGCCACAGCAGCCACCGUCUCGACAUCUUGGACACGGGAGGUCAAAUUAAGUACUGCGACCUCCACAGCUAUGAAGACGCAGACCAUGUCGGGGGACUUGGGGUGAAGAUAGAAGGUCGACAGAGGAUUUCCUCCUUCUCGCCUCCUUCUGCUCGCUGUCUGGGUUACACCAUCCUCCCUCAGAGACCCUCCACCUUCAGCUUGGACUGGGACAACCCUCCUGUUGAGCACGGUACGACCCAGAGCACACCGGCCUCCUUUCUGUCUCCUGCUGUGGUAUCGGCCCUCGAGGGGGUGACCUACAUCGCAGAGCAUCUCAGAGCUGAGGAUGCAGACUUCUCAGUAAAAGAGGACUGGAAGUACGUAGCCAUGGUUGUGGACCGGAUCUUCCUCUGGAUGUUCAUCAUCGUGUGUCUGCUCGGGACAUUCGGACUCUUCCUGCCCCCGUGGCUCUCUGGGAUGUUUUAGAAGCAAACCGGAUAUUAAAACAGUGAUUUCAACUAUUUAAUUCAUAUAAAACAGUUUACAGGUUGAGUUGCAUGUUUGUUUUUGCAAAUAAACUGAAACUUUGUGUGGAUUAUCUUUUACUUUAAAAUGUCACAGGUGUAAUUAAAUUUACAGUUUGAAAUGUACUGCAAAAGUGCCGUGAUGUUUUAUCCACUAAAACGUUUGAGUAAAAUGAAUAAUUUUUGACUGUUAAUUAACUUUAUGAAUGAGUCAAAUGAUUAUGGAAUUAUCAAAAUUGUUCUGAUGAUCGUCUAUUAUGAUUGUGUAACUUUUAAAUCUUCCACAUAAAUGUGAAUUCUUUCGUUUUCAGAAAAGUAUCAUUUGAGUAUAAAGUAUAAAGGUUUUACCAAAUUUCAAAGGAAUCCCUCAAAUAUUGGUUGAGAUAGUUCAUUUUAUAAAAACCUGAUAACUCUGUUUAAUAUCUCGCGAGAACAUUACUUAACAGUUCUUGACAUAACUUUGUCGCCUUAGAAAUAUUCAAGAGUCAGAACACGAUGUACAGCAGUCAUUCGGUAAUUAAGUUUGCGUCUUACUUUCCAGGUGGCAACUGGUUUUGAAAAAAAGACUCACUGGUUGUCUGAGCGCAAAUUGUAUGCAUUAGGCUGUGGAAAAAGAAAACAUGCAAGCUUUUUGUAUUUGUUCUGAAAUCAUCCCUUAUCUCAAAAACCGUAGUAUUAAAACUCAAACUGGAACACUUA